CGGCGGCGGCGGAGGCUGCGGCGGCGACCGUGGCGGAGGCUGUGGCGGAGGCCUCCGUAGCGGAGGCGGAAGCAGAGGUGGAGGCUGAGGUGGAGGCCGAGGCCUCAGUAGAGGAGGCAGUGGCGGAGGGCACCCGGGGGGAGGUGGCGGCCGCCCUGGCAGAGGGGAAGGAGGCGGGGGCUGCCCUGGCGGCAGUGGUUGUGGAGGCUAGCGCGGCUGAAGCUGCCUGCGCCGCCGCCGCCGCCGCCGCCGCCGCCACUGCAGCAGCAGCAGCAGCAGCAGCAGCAGCAGCAGCAGCAGCAGAGGCUGCGGCGCCCUCCUUGGGGGAGGCGGACGCGGAGGGGGACGCGGAGGCGGCGGCGGCGGCGGCGGCUGCAGCCGCGGAUGCGGAGACCAGCAGGGUCUCCGAGGGGAACCCAGACUUUCCUAUGGCGUCGCUGUACGUGGGCGACCUGCACCCUGAAGUGACAGAAGCAAUGCUCUACGAGAAGUUCAGCCCGGCCGGGCCCAUCCUUUCCAUCCGCAUUUGCAGGGACAAGAUCACCCGCCGCUCGUUGGGCUACGCGUACGUCAACUACCAGCAACCGGUGGACGCCAAGCGGGCCCUGGAAACCCUGAACUUUGAUGUCAUCAAGGGCAGGCCCGUGCGCAUCAUGUGGUCCCAGCGGGACCCCUCGCUCCGCAAGAGUGGGGUGGGCAACGUCUUCAUCAAGAACCUGGGCAAGACCAUCGACAACAAGGCGCUGUACAACAUCUUCUCGGCGUUUGGCAACAUCCUCUCCUGCAAAGUGGCCUGCGACGAAAAGGGGCCCAAGGGCUACGGGUUUGUGCACUUCCAGAAGCAGGAGUCCGCAGAGCGGGCCAUUGAUGCGAUGAAUGGCAUGUUCCUGAACUACCGCAAAAUUUUCGUUGGGAGAUUCAAGUCGCAUAAAGAACGAGAAGCCGAAAGGGGAGCCUGGGCCAGGCAGUCCACCAGUGCUGACGUCAAGGAUUUCGAGGAAGACACCGAUGAGGAAGCCACCUUGCGAUGAAGACAUGCCAGGAGCCAGUCAGCCAGCAGAGCCAAAUCUUGGCUCCCACCCGGUUUACAACUCCCCUCUUUGCCCCCUAACCCACCAGCAGUGUAUUGUAUUGUACUGGGAGUGCAGGUCUCUCUCCUCUCUCUCUCUCUCUCUCUCUCUCUCUCUCUCUCUCUCUCUCUCUCCCUCUCUCCUCUUCCCCCCCUCUUCCUCUCUUCCUCUUUCCUUUCAUCCCCUCCUCCUCCUCUUCCUCCCUCCUUCCUCUUCCUUCUGUCUUCCCCACCUCUCCCUUCCCCCCACACCCACCAAGGGCGUUGUGAAUAAUCUUGCUAAUCUGUGCCACUUGAUAGAUUAUAGGCUGCCUUUUCUCCUUGUGCUUUGGUUUAAAAAGCACUUCAUUCUCGCUUCCUUCACUACACGGGUGAUACAAUUUCAUGGUAGAAACAUCAGAAAGGAGAAGGAAAUCAGAUGAGGGAAAACCCAGAGAGUAAUUGUUCCCCAUGAUUCUACUACCCAGAGGCAACCACUUUUUCGUGUGCUGUUUUUCCAGGCUCUCCUCUCUCCCUCUUUCUCCCUCCCUCUCUUCCUCACUCCCCACCCCCACCUUCCC